AUGGUCCAAUCUCCCCUUGCUACGGCUCCUAUGGGUCGACUCUAUUUCCUCGACGUUGGUAUUUCAAAUCCAGAACUCAAUGGCCGCAUUCUUACUUGCCAAUCGGAUGGCUCUGGUCUCCGCGAGCUGAUUACCAACAUCAGAACUUUACCCGACGGAAUCGCCAUUGACACGGGUCGCCAGCACAUAUACUGGACGAAUAUGGGAGUCCCCUCUGCCAACGAUGGGUCCAUACAACGCAGUGACUUGUCCGGUAACAAUAUCGUGACGAUCAUCCCACCAGGCCAGACACAUACGCCGAAGCAGCUGACUAUUGCGCCCAAGUCAAAAAUGUUGUACUGGUCAGACCGAGAGGGUAUGAGAGUUAUGAGGGCGAAUAUGGAUGGUAGUGACGUUGAAGUGCUUUACCAGGCUGGUAUCAUUGAUACAGAUAGUCAGGUUGUGCAUAACUGGUGUGUCGGUAUUGCUGUGGAUGAAGAGUCCAAGUCUGUCUUUUGGACGCAGAAAGGACCGUCGAAGGGAAACGAAGGACGAAUUCUUCGAAUGGAUAUCGAAAAAGAUGGAGAUAUCCAGGUUCUUCUGGACAAUCUUCCGGAACCCAUCGAUUUGGAAUUUGAUCACGCUUCUGGAACACUGUACUGGACUGAUCGAGGUGAUCCACCACAUGGCAACACCGUAAAUUCAGUUGCCCUUGCGGAUUUGUCAACGAGCAACAUGAAACCAAAGAUACUGAUUCGCAAGCUUCACGAAGGGAUUGGACUUGCCUUGGACCUGAAAAAUAGCCGCAUGUUUUUCGGCGAUCUUGGAGGCUCUCUGUACAGUGCCAAUUUGGACGGGUCCUGCAAGACCACGAUUUUCCCUGACAUCGGAGGUGCAAUCACAGGGGUAGCCUAUGUUGGUGAGUAG